GCGUGUGGAGUCACAGGUCCACGGGAGAGUCUGGGCACAGCAACACUUUAGGUGGAAACUGUCACAGCUGUGCUUCUGCAGGCUUCCCUCCAGGUCACAGUCCAUCUAAUGGGUCGUGACUUGGUCCAUGAGACUUCAGUCGUGCGCAGGAAUUUGCCCAGUGGGAUCAGUGCUGUACCUGUGCAGCCUCCGUCGCAGGGCUGAUGGGGAGAGGCAGGGCUGAGUGGGAUGCCAGUCCGGAGCGCUGUUGAGCACAGCCUCAUUCCACGCACAGCCCACUGCUGACAGGGAGCGGUCCGUCUUCCACGACCUGUGUGAAUCUGCAGGAGUCAUUCCACUCAUUUUUUUUCUCCUUAAAAAAAAAAAAAAAAAAAGUAAGCAACAGGAAAAGCAAACAAAAACAACCGGUUAUUUUCUUCUCUUUAUGAUGGAAUGGGGAUUUAACCGGUUUCCACAUGCGCCUGGAAGUGCGUAAGGUUUGCGUCCAGAUUGAGAAGAACAAACUGCAGGGGCGUGUAGUUAAUUGAAAUCGAUCCGGUGGUCUCUUCUUGAAUGUGAAGCUGCAAACGUUUCUUCCUCCUCUCCUCUCCUCUCCUCCUCCCCUCCUCUCACCUCCAACAUGACUUCACUGUCGGGGACCAAGGAGAGGUCUGUGAGCAGCCGGAGCAGAAAAUAUGGGAUGCCUGACACUUCCCCAACCAAAUCUGCUUCCUUUUUCCCGGAAACAUGGUAUCGAAAGGCGUACGAUGAAACCUCUCGUUCCAGCACGCGCCCUGCACCGGAGGGUGCUGGUUCCAUGCCGAGCUCCACAGGCACCCCAUCCCCAGGCUCAGGAAUCUCUUCUCCAGGGUCUUUCUCUGGAUCACCAGGGACCAUCUCACCAGGGAUUGGGACAGGGUCUCCAGGAUCUCUUGGUGGCUCCCCUGGUUUUGGAACUGGGUCUCCAGCCUCAGGCAGUGGAAGUUCCCCUGGAAGUGAAAGAGUUAUAUGGUGUGAGAACUGCAACGCCCGGCUGGCAGAGCUGAAAAGACAAGCACUGAAACUGCUCAUCCCUGGGCCUUACUCCAGCAAGGAUCCCUCCUUCUCUCUCCUCCUUCAUGAUAAGCUGCAGGUGCCCAACAGUUCACGCCGGGCGUGGAAUGAACGUGACAGCCGCUGUGACGUCUGUUCCACUCACCUCACUCAGCUCAAACAGGAAGCUGUGCGCAUGGUCCUCACUCUUGAUCAAUGGGACUUGUCUCCCACUUCAUCACCUCCUGCCCUGACAGGCCGAUAUGGAUCUCCAGGUCCAAUGGGAGCAUCUGGAGCACCUGGAGGCCCUGGAUCUCGGGAGUGGCCUCCUCCUUUCCUUCCAUCAUCUUCCUCAUCUACAGCUGCUGUUUCACACCCUUCAUACCCGUCCUCUCAGUCACCUUCCCCGAGCCCCAGCCAGACUCCCACCCCCAGCCCGAGUCAUGGAUCAUCCAACUCCAGCCAUGGGAGUCCUUCAGUGGGGCAAACUCCAAACUCUGCUCCCACAAACCCGCAACCUCAAGGUCCUGGGAACAGACAGGGGUUGAAGCCCAGCUCUCUGGGACUUGGUAGUGGAGCAGACAGACGGAAUGGGUCCCCCAGUUCAGUAAAAGCAGCUGGAGCACAACAGCAAGUUGGAGUGAACAGUCCUGGCAAUAAUAGUGGUAGUAAUAAUGGGAGUACAGCAGCUGCACAGAUACAUCAGCACCUAAACCGAAAUAAUGGAGGAGUUACACUCUAUCCAUACCAGAUCUCACAGGUGAUCUCUGAGGCCUCCAGAGACGGUGUGACUGAAACUACCCUGAACCGCCACAACACGAACGCGCCUUCACACACAAACUCGCCAUCACACACAAACUCGCCCUCUCACACCGCUACUACCACAACAGCACCGACCACCACCUCCGCCGCUGCCUCCUUCUUUGCCAGAGCUGCACAAAAGUUGAACCUAGCAUCCAAGAAGAAGAAGCAGAAGACCGCCUCAGCCACAGCCCCAGUGACGUCAGCAUCUCCAUCAUGUGAUCCACCUAUGUUCCCCACUAAUUUUAGCUCUGCCUUAUUGUUGGCCCCUCCACCAGCCCCUCCCUGCCUUCUCCGUGCAGCCAACAAGAUCAAGGACACCCCAGGUCUUGGAAAGGUGAAAGUGAUGGUACGUGUAUGUCCAGUGUCUCAGUCUGAUGCCGCUGAGUCCAGUUCCUUCCUAAAAGUGGAUCCCCGAAAGAAACAGAUCACCAUCAUGGACCCAGCAGCCAAUCAGACGCCAAGCGCUGCCUCCCAGAAAAGAGGUGGAUCUAAUCAGGUCCCUCCAAAGAUGUUUACCUUUGAUGCUGCGUUCCCUCCUGAUGCAUCACAGGCGGAGGUGUGUGCGGGAACGGUUGCUGAGGUGAUUCAGUCGGUGGUGAAUGGAGCAGAUGGCUGUGUCUUCUGCUUUGGACACUCCAAGCUGGGAAAAUCACACACAAUGAUUGGCCGCGACGAUUCACUUCAGACUCUGGGAAUAAUCCCCUGUGCCAUCUCUUGGCUGUUUAAACUCAUCAAUGAGAGGAAGGAGAAGACAGGAGCUCGCUUUUCUGUUCGCGUGUCUGCAGUUGAGGUUUGGGGAAAAGAAGAAAACCUUAAGGACUUGCUUUCUGAAGUGGCUACAGGCAGUUUACAGGAUGGACAAUCACCUGGAGUCUACCUGUGUGAGGACCCCAUCUGUGGCAUGCAGCUCCAGAACCAAUCUGAACUGCGUGCACCGACCCCUGAGAAAGCUGCGUGGUUCCUCGAUGCAGCCAUAGCAGCACGCCACAGCAGCCAACGCCCUAACACCACCGAAGAAGAGCACAGGAACUCACAUAUGCUGUUCACGUUACACAUAUACCAGUAUCGCAUGGAAAAGACAGGCAAAGGAGGGAUGUCAGGAGGUCGCAGCCGCCUCCACCUGCUGGACCUGGGCAGCUGUGACGUCAGAGUACUUGGUGAAAGUGGAGGAGGAGCAGGAGGAGGAGGAGGAGGAGGAGGAGGAAAAAACAGGGAGAACUCUUCACCCAGCUCGGCCCCUCUGUGCCUUUCUCUAUCUGCUCUUGGCAACGUAAUCCUGGCUUUGGUCAACGGGAGCAAACACAUCCCAUACAAGGACAGCAAGCUGACCAUGUUGCUAAGGGAGUCGCUAGGCAACAUGAACUGCCGGACCACCAUGAUUGCUCACAUCUCUGCCUCACCCAGAGAUUUCUCAGAAACCCUUUCCACCAUCCAGAUUGCAUCCCGCGUCCUCCGUAUGAAAAAGAAGAAAACUAAAGUCACUGUGCAAUACACCUCCAGUUCUUCUGGAGGAGAGAGCUCCUGUGAAGAGGGUCGCAUGCGUCGCCCGACACAUCUGCGACCGUUUCAUCACCGUGGUGACGCUGACUCAGAUCUGCCAUUGCUGCGCUUGUCUAGUGACCCUGAUGAGUACUCAAGCAGCGAACAGUCAUGUGACACAGUAAUUUAUGUGGGACCGAAUGGAGCUGCAGUGUCAGAUAGAGAACUGACGGAUAAUGAAGGACCACCUGAAUUUGUACCAAUUAUUCCUGCUUUGCUUCGAGGUAAAACAUCAGAGACGCAUCAAGCACAAAGUCAAGCAGCCGGAGGCCAGAAUAAGGUUCAGUCUCAGCCUGAGUGCCAGGAGCAGCCCUGUGGCCCCUCGCAGCCCCUGCCUCAGCCCUCUCAGUCUCUACUGGGGCAGCCUUUGGCCCCGGUGCCAGAAGAAGGAGCCGAGUGCCUGAAGUGUAACACCUUUGCUGAGCUGCAGGAGAGAUUGGACUGUAUUGAUGGCAGCGAGGAGGUGGCAAAGUUCCCCUUUGAAGAGGUUCCAGCAAACAAACAAGGUAGUAAAUAUGAGCCAUGUCCAUCUUCAGCUGUUUCAAAUCCAGUUCCUCCUGGUCCUGGCUCUGCUGCUGCUUUGGAGACAGAUAUCAAAACCGCAGCUUCUAGAAGGAGGACCAAUGAUCAACAACUGCAGGAGAUCAAGGAGGUGGUGGAGGAGGCGGAGCUGGCCCAGACCAUGAUCCACAAUCUGACCCAGAGUUCCGGUUCUCCCAUAGUCACCAGUACCAGAAGCGUUACAGGAAGCAGUAGCAGCACCUCCAACCCCCUCCUGAGGGCCAAAAGCUCCCAUUUGCAUGACAGCCACGAAAAUCUAAAUGUGGGCGGUAAUGCUGACGGUAAGGCACGCCCACUAGGAUCACCACGCCUUGGCAUCGCCAGCCUGACCAAAACCUCAGAUUACAGGCCUCCGUCAUCACCGUCUCAGCGGUGUAAAGUGUACACCCAGAAAGGCGUGAUGCCAGCGACACCUCCUCUGUCAUCUCACUGUCUGGCUCAGGACGGCCAGGCCACAGAUGCUCUGACCUCAGACAACAGUUUGGCUGCUGACAGUGGCCGUUCCUCUACAGAAUCUCUGCUGUCCAGAACUUCUCCUGUGGGCAUGAGCCCACAAGUUCGAGAGCCAACUCCAUCUCUAUCUGCCAGCCUUGGCUCAGCUGAGACGCUCUGCGACGAUGAUGUUCCACCAAUACCUCUGGAUACACACAGGGACGGCUCUGGUGUGGCAGUAACUGAAGGAAUAGUAGGUCCAGUUGGGGAGGAUGAACUGCUGUAUACUGUGGCUGCUGGAGGUGAGGAGUGCUGUGAUGUUACAGCUCUCAUGGUGACUCGGGACCUGACCUGUUGUCCAACAAGUAUCAUCAGCUUCAGCAGUGAGGGUUGUUCUGGUAACGCCCUCACCUCAAGUGUCAUCACAGGUGUGGCUGAAGACGGAUCUGUGGGAGAGUAUCACAUGCCUUUGGGCCACGUAGCAACAGCGGGUGUGACAGAAGUUGUUGCAAUGGCAGAGGUUGCCAUGGCGAAGCUGCGGAUCGAAGGUGAGGCCUUAGCCACAGUCAUCUCUAACUCACCUGUAUCCUCCUGGCUCAGUGAUCUGAGUAUGGGCAGUGAUGCUGACCAGUCUCUGCACAGCUUCAGUCAAUCUCAGAGCCAACAAGGAGAGGCGAUGGCUGAAGCUGAACUUAACCAAAGUCUUUCCCUUGGAGAUGAGGACCUCGCUGCAUGUGAAAGCCAUCAGAGGAGAGGAAGUCUGGAUGGAGAGGUGGUGCUGUCAGAAAAUGGAAGUGAAAAGGGCACACCUACUAAGGACAGGCUGAGGAAACUACCUCCACCAAUGAGUAAAACUAGCAUCCAGACUCUGGGGGGACCUGGGAAUCUGUCCCCUUUCAAGACCACUAUCAGUGUCCACCCAUGUGUAGCCGUCAAACCAAUGGUCAUAAAAGAGCCAACCAUCCUCUCUUCACCAGUCAAAACCAAUCUAAUAAAAGAUCCGGUCAAACUUAGUGCACCGCUUUUAGGCUCUAUGUCCAGUGAGAUGAGCUUUGAAGAUCCCUGGUUGAAACGUGGCAUCGAGGACGGCAAGUCCAAAGACCUGGUGUGUGAAGUGAAACCAGAAAAGAGGGAGGCAGAGCAUUUGAAAACCAACCUGAGCCACAACCCAGGAGAGAAGGCUGGAGCUGUGACAGGGAACCACCAGAGCCUCUGCAAGGAGGGUGUGGACCAUGAGGUGGUGUCAUCUCCAGACUCCUUUAAGAGGGUUGUGGAUGGCUGUGAGAUUGUAGCUGUUGUCGCCCAGGGAGAAUGCCUGACUAGCAUCUACAGCCCAGAUAUCCAUCGUACUGCCAGUCUGCCACGUGGCUGGCACCGUCUCAACCGCCACGAUGGCUUGGAUAAUGGAGUCGAGUACCGUAAUCUUGGUGUAACAACGUCAACUCCCUGCAGUCCACGUUCAACACUUGACCGCCGGGGAUCCACUGGAAAACAGGGCUUUUUCUCCCACAAGAAGGGGGGAAUUCCACCCCUGCCACCGGUGAGGAAGUCCAGCCUCGACCAGCGGAACAGAGCAGCUGGUGCUCAGGUCAGUCCUCUGCACCAACCCAAUCAUGGGCUCUUAUUGCUGGGCAGUUCAGCAGAAGAUGCAGGAGCAUCUGGAUGUGGUGGUCCCAGACAGCGUGGCGCCAGCAUUGACAGCAGCAGACUUUUCAGCGCCAAGUUGGAACAGCUUGCAAACAGAACCAACUCUCUGGGUCGAGCCCACAGCUCCCACACUGGUUCCCACCAUUAUGACUGCUUCUCCUUGGAGAGAGGGGAGAGCCUGAGAGGAGGAGGAGGAGGAGUUAAGGGAGACAGCACCAUGCCUCGUACAGGCCGCAGCCUCACCCGUGGCGGAUCAGUGUCUUCUCCUACCGCAAAUCCCAGCAGCCCCAGUUUCGGUGCUAGUCCUGGUGGUCCAAGCAGCGCUCCACAGUCACCAGCAAAAACCAGCAGUCAAUCAAAGAUCUCAGCGGUCAGUAAGCUGCUUAUGACCAGCAGUCCCAAGGCCAGAAGUCUGUCUACCUCCAGCACCAAGACACUGAGCUUCUCAACCAAGUCUCUAAGUCAAUCGACCAGUCGCAGCUCCAGCCUCCCACCUAAUGGAAAGCCCCAGAGCUCAGUCCAGGCCCCUCUGCAACAGCAGGGACCUUCUCCUGGAUCCUGGUCUACCCAGUCUCUAAGUCGCACUCGAGGGGGAAGUCUGGCUGCAAAACUGCCACUUCGGGCCGUCAACGGUCGGAUCUCAGAGCUCCUCCAGGGGAGUGCAGGUUCCCGAUCCAGGAGUCAUUCUCAGGGAGGAGGCACAGAUCCUGCAGAGGAAAGAGGAGCUGGAGGAACAAGUGGAGCACCAGCUGGAGCUGGAGGCAGUGGUCCAGGAGAGGACAGAGCAGCAGUGGUCCAAACAUUACCUUCUCCAUACAGCAAGAUCACAGCGCCCAGAAAACCACAUCGCUGCAGCAGCGGCCACGCAAGUGACAACAGUAGUGUACUGAGUGGUGAGCUCCCCCCUGCCAUGGGGAAGACGGCCUUGUUUUACCACAGCGGAGGCAGCAGUGGCUAUGAGAGCAUGCUGAGAGACAGCAGCGAGAACACUGGGAGCACCUCUUCAGCUCAAGACUCCCUCAGUGAACACAGCUCAGCCACCACCUCAUCCAGACGAAGCUCCAAGAGCAGCAAGAAAAGCAGGAGUAGCACAGGCCUCCAGCGGCGUCGUCUGAUCCCAGCCCUCACCUUGGAUUCUUCCUCUUCUUCACCCUCUCAUCGUUCCUCCAAACAGGCCAUCACUUCAUCUUCCUCCUCUUCCUCCAGCCCUGGUGCAUGCUGGGUAGACGGUCCACUGGGGCCGCCUGUGCCCUCUAACCUCCGCGGCGCAACUGCAACGACAGAAACCUUUGAGAUCAAGGUUUAUGAGAUAGAUGAUGUCGAACGACUGCAGAAGAGGAGAGACAAAGGAGGAAGCAAGGAGGUGGUGUAUGUCAGCGCCAAGCUUCGUCUGCUGGAACACCGUCAGCAGCGCAUCAGUGAAGUCCGAGCCAAGUACCAGUGUCUGAAAAAGGAGCUGGAACAAACCAAACAGUACCUGAUGCUGGAGCCACACAAGUGGACCACUGAGUUUGAGAUACAGCAGGCCUACGAAGUUGACUCCCUGGAGUAUUUGGAAGCUCUUGAGAUGGUCACAGACAAACUGGAAACCAGAGUUAACUUCUGCAAAGCCCAUCUCAUGAUGAUCACCUGUUUCGACGUCUCCUCUAGACACCGGUAAACAGAAGAACCGGCAGAGAGCUGGGCACACAGAUGGAUUUAACUGGAUGUUCACAUGUUGGACCAGUCGCCUUGUAUGGAACAGACACAUUUACAAUGAGCUAAAAGGGAGGAUACAAAUGACUUACACCUGCAUUUCUGACGUCGUUGUUACUCCAGAUGUAAGUAGGCACAUGGACAUAUUGAUGGAGAGAUGGGUGGAGAUAUUCGGAGAUAUCUAACAGACCUUUAGAUUGAAGGAGUCAGGACUUGGAAAAUAAAUCUUGGAAACAUACGUUUAACAGCUACAGGAUAAAUAUGGCUCUGCACAUGUAGAUACAUUGUUCUGAGUUAAAAAGUACCACCAAACAUGAACAUCAUUCUCCAGUGGUGACAAACAGCUCUUUAACUGAGUCAAACAUUGAGGAAUGUACGGCGAUGAAAAGAGGAGAGAGAACAAAAAACUUUUUUAACAGAAAGGGGUAAAAGAAGACAGGAGAGAGGAGCCAUUCCUCUCCUCAUUUUGGAAGAGCACUUUUUAGAGUUUAUGCAGAUGAGAGCCGUCGGUUGUACAUAAACCUUUGACUAAAGAAACUAAAGAAUGGUCUGGUAUUGUUGUGGAGUUAAUAAAACAGACUGACCAAGAGAAAGAGAGGAGGAUAAAGAGCGUGUUUAGAUAAGUGCCUUGUAAUCAUUUCAACAAUACUCAGACCAAUUCUCUUUGUCUAUGAAUUCGUGUACAUGCGGCAAGUAUGGUGCUAGUACUACCUUCAAAAAGAAAGAAAAAAAUGAAAAAACACCCACAGAUCAGUGUCCUUGGAAAAUCUUUUAAUUUAGUUAAAUUUAUAGCCAUUUCUUAACGUGAAGUUUAAUUGUGGGUCAAUAUUUCUCUUUUACUGCAGUAACUGAUGAGAGGUAAACUGACUAACAUCUGCCAAAAAAUUAAAAAAAAAAACUGGACUGAAUACAUAAAUAAUAUCAUCUUUAUAAGAAUAAAAUCUGUAUUAAUGUUGCUGAUGGUUUUUCCAGGACACAGAGUUGUGAGGUGUGUUUAAAGAAAGAUAAAAAAAUUCUAACGCUUGUUUCUUGUGGUGUUUUUACCUUGACUUCACUGACAAAUAGAGCACAUCUGAAUUUUGACCCUCUCUGGUAUACAUACAGGUUAUUCCCCUGAUACAGAUGUGAUGGCUUUUUUAUGUUCACGAAGCAGUGAAAUGUGUCACAUAGUUGAGGGACUGACUGUUUUUCAGUGUUGAGUACAUCCAUCGACUGACUGACUGUCUGUUAUUUGUAUCUGUGUCGUUCUGCUCUACUCUAAAAGAAACCGAAUGAUCCGUCAAUGUGUGUGUUUUGUAAUGAGGUAUCUUUUUUUUAUUUGAGUGCAAUGGGACCACGUAGAGACUAUGUAGUGUCGUAGAUUAGCGGAAAUCAGCACAAAGAGGUUUUUAAGAGAAAAAUGUGAGAGAAAAUGACAGUAAAGGCUGAGUCAAAUGAUACAGUAUAGACUAUUGUGAUAAUCUCAUUACUAUAAUCUCUGUAUUAUUGGAAUAAAUUGGAGAAUUUAGAGUUUAUUAAAUGGAGAAAUCCCUUCUUGGCACUAUAAUUAUAGUUGCAAAUGAGCUGUUUAUUCAGAUUUUGCAGCAAUAAAGCAGAAAAAAUAUAGAGUAUAAAGAAAUGCGAGAGAACUACAGAGAAAGAAAAGGAUGAAGACCAAAUUUCGAGGCAUAGAUCUCUGCCUGGUUCCAUGUGUUUCAAGACAGAAACACGUACGAUUUGUUAAUAUUAUCUAUGGUGCUUGAGAUGUUUAUGAUAUAAAUGUUUGUACAAAUAUAAAUAUAUGAAAGAGCUCGUUUCCCUCUGAAAUACAUAGUCCUUUUGAAUGCUUCUUCUACAUCAUUAUCAUCAUGUUCUUCAUAGUUUUCCCCAAAUGUCUCUUAUCCAGAGGGCAGAGAGCAUUCUGGGAGAUCCUGUUGGUUGUCCAAAAGGUAAAAGGAGCUAAACGAUGUUGAUUUCACAGGAGAAAUGCAGAAAUGGAAAUGAUGUAAUUUGUCAAAAGUGCCAUAGUGUCACAUUUAUCUCGUUCCUAAUAGAUCAAGCAUGUUUUUUGGAUGUUUGGAUGUUUUUCUUUCUGGAUGCAGAAGGAAGAAGUGUCUCCAACUGUUAAAGGUUUUCAUUUUUCUUGGCUGUGGAAGGAGAUGGCACUCAUUAAUUUCAUGUCAGCAGAUUAUGAGAGUAGGAAAUUAUCCUAGAAACUAAAAUGCUUUUGACAAACUGGACCCAUGAAACAUUUUCACCGCAGAUAAGUAAGGAUCUCCUGUGACUUUUACCUGUUUAUUUUUAAUUUUUUACUCCCAUUUCAUCAUGCAAGUCAUGAAUGAUGGUUUAUUUAUUUGAGCUCAUGAGGGCAGAGCAGCUUAUCAAUGUUUUUAUUUAUUUACACCUUAUGAUCUUAAGAGUUACUAUGCAUUUAAGAAAAAAAUAACUGUACAUACUUUGCUGAGCCCAUGCCGUAUAUAAAUAUAUAUACUGUAUACAUAUCAUAUAAUACACUCAUCUUUAUUUUCUAUAUUUUUGUUGGUUUUAUUUGCUCUUAUUAUAUUUGUUUUGGGGGAAUUAAAUGGGUCUGGGUUUGCUAAAACAUUCACACCCAGGGUAGUUUUGUGGUUCCAGCUCUACAGGAAUUUACGAGGGAAAUGGACGAUUAACUUACAGAUGAGGAGUUAAAUAUGAAGUGGAUGUUUUGGGAACCCUAACCUCUGGAAGACCGAAGAGCUGGCACUCAUUUCUAGAUUUAGAUGCUAUGUGUGAGGUUUCUUCUUCAAUGUUUCACUGCCAAAUCUGUUGCGGUAGCACUUUAUAAUCCUAGCAAUAUCUGUGAAAACCACAGAGGUUUAAGUGACCCCAAUAUUGUUUAUUUCUAACCUAACUGGAUGUGUCAGCUUGGCAAGAAAAAGGCAUCUUUUUACAUCAGAGGAAAGCUUUUAAAACUGGUGCGCUCAUUAUGAGGCACUUUAAAUUUAACUGUUUAUCAAGUGUCAAGUUGUAUGGGAGAAUGUAUUAAAAAGCUUUUAACACUUUGUCAAAACUGCUGUUAUUUUUGCAGGGGUGUUACAGAAUUAUAAUGUGCUACCUAGAAACCUUACACAUAGCAUUUUAAACUUAUCAGGAAGUAUUGUGUGUUAAUGUCUGUGUUUGGCCACAUUUUUUAAAACUGUUUAAUCAGCAGCAGUAAGAAAGAGCUGUCAUUGGUAUAAAAGGUUAGUAGUUUUAAAAGUCACUGCAUAACUGAUCUGAUCUCAUGACUAGUUGUGGAAGUUCAAAGUUCUAACAGCCUUUCAGAAUGACAAGGUGUUAUUACACAUACUCUGUGAAUCAGAGCAUGUGAAGAUGGAGAUCUUUUCUGUAAACAUGUGGUUUUCAUGAUUCAACACCAGUAUCAUACUGCCAAGCAGUGAUUUACUGUUUCUGAAUAUGUGGCCUGACACAUUUUGCUGACAGAGGAGUAGACAGAGGGAUGUAAAUAAAGGAAUGUAUUGAAAGAUUUGA